UCACACCCCCUGUUCUUCCUUAAAUAAAAAAACAAUAAUUGCGCAAGUGGUCAGAUAGUGACAUUAGUAUCUUACUAUCUUAGUGCUUUGCAAAUACCUCCACAUCAAAAUUUCAAAUUCCAUCAUCUUUGUUGUCAACCGUAUUCUGUUUCUCUCUCCUAUUUCUGCGUUUUCAUGAUCUGCUGUUACAAACAUGGAGCUGGACAUCAUGGACAGUAAAUUCUUCAAUGUGGGGUUACUUGUUGUGGCAACCCUUAUAGUUGCCAAAUUGAUAUCAGUAGUGAUAAUGCGGAAAUCUGGAAAACGCCUUCCUCCAGUGAUAAAGGCUUUCCCUCCUAUCAUUGGUGGUCUCCUUCGGUUCCUCAAGGGUCCCAUUAUUAUGCUGAAGGAGGAGUACCCAAAGCUUGGAAGUGUAUUCACCUUGAAUCUGGUGAAUAAGAAUAUUACCUUCUUGAUUGGUCCUGAGGUGUCUGCUCAUUUCUUCAAGGCAUCUGAGACUGAUCUCAGCCAGCAAGAGGUCUAUCGCUUCAAUGUACCUACUUUUGGGCCUGGUGUUGUCUUUGACGUAGACUAUACAAUCCGCCAGGAGCAGUUCCGCUUUUUCACUGAGGCUCUUCGAGCCAAUAAACUUAAGAGUUAUGUAGAUCAUAUGGUUGUGGAAGCUCAGGACUACUUUUCCAAAUGGGGAGAUUCUGGGGAGGUAGAUUUGAAAUAUGAGCUAGAGCAUCUUAUUAUCUUGACAGCGAGUAGAUGUCUGUUGGGGCGAGAAGUUCGUGAUAAGCUCUUUGACGAUGUGUCUGCCCUAUUUCAUGAUCUUGAUAAUGGGAUGCUACCCAUUAGUGUUUUGUUUCCCUAUCUUCCCAUCCCAGCUCAUCGCCGCCGUGAUAGAGCCCGUAAGAAGCUAGCAGAGAUAUUCUCAAACAUUAUAGGUUCCCGUAAAUCCUCUGGUAAGUGUGAGACUGAUAUGCUGCAGUGUUUUAUUGACUCAAAGUAUAAAGAUGGUAGGGGCACCACAGAAGGAGAGGUGACAGGUCUGCUGAUUGCUGCACUAUUUGCUGGUCAACAUACGAGCUCCAUCACAUCUACAUGGACUGGAGCUUAUCUUCUUCGUUUUAAGGAAUACUUAUCAGCUGUGGUUGAAGAACAGAAAACAGUGAUGAAGAAACACGGAGAGAAUGUGGACCACGAUGUUUUAUCAGAGAUGGAAGUCUUACAUCGGUGCAUCAAGGAAGCACUUAGACUCCAUCCCCCACUGAUUAUGUUAUUACGCCAAUCACACAGUGAUUUCAGUGUGACUACACUAGAAGGUAAAGAGUAUGAUAUACCAAAGGGUCAUAUUGUUGCCACCUCACCAGCAUUUGCAAACCGUCUGCCACAUAUAUUCAAAGAUCCAGACAGUUAUGAUCCUGAUCGCUUUGCCCCUGGGAGGGAUGAAGAUAAGGCAGCAGGACAAUUCUCAUACAUCUCUUUCGGAGGAGGUAGGCAUGGCUGCCUUGGUGAGCCUUUUGCUUAUUUGCAAAUUAAGGCAAUAUGGAGCCAUCUGCUCAGGAAUUUUGAGUUUGACCUGAUUUCUCCAUUUCCAGAGAUUGAUUGGAAUGCCAUGGUUGUUGGCGUAAAAGGGAAGGUCAUGGUUAGAUACAAGCGAAGAAAGCUUGUUGUUGACUGAUUGUGAUAAUCACCUCUUUUUACUUAAUUUCAUCUGCUUAAUUAAUGUUCAGGUUUAGGAUCUUAUGAGUAUAAUGUUGCAGACCCAGACUGCCAUCUCUUGUUUUUUGAAUUUAUUUGACUAGUCAUUACUUA